UCAGAAAAGCAAGCCAUUAAGUGUUAUAUAUCUCCAAGAACAAGUAGCAAACCAAAAAUGUCUUACAAAAUGUAUUUCAAAGUACUUAGUUUGAUUUUCAUAUAUGCAAAUGUAACGAAAUUUUCCGUAUUAUCAGCGAGUACAAAACUUUCUUGGUGUGAUCCAGAAUUAUGUCCCAACGGCGGAACAAAUAUUGCCUGCAACAAUGAUGGAAAUUUCAAUGAACGUUGCCCACCAGAUACAACUAUGUUAGACCUACGUCCUUAUCGAUCAUUCAUUCUACAUGAGCACAACAAACGACGCAACUUUAUAGCAGCUGGCCUAUUACCGGGCUAUUAUCCUGCCUCACGUAUGGCAACGAUGAUUUGGGAUGAUGAACUUGCAUACUUGGCUGCAUUAAAUUUAAAGGCUUGCUAUGUGGAUCACGAUCCUUGCCACAACUCCUAUCGCUUCCGUAAUGUCGGACAAAAUUUAUCAGGUGUUGAUCGUCAACAUGAUCUUCCAACAAAUAUUACUGAUCUUUUAUUACAAUCAAUGGGUUUAUGGUUUGGUGAAUAUCCUUUGAUUGAUAGUAGUUACAUUAGCAAGUUUCGUGUUGCAUCUAAUUUUGAGGAAUAUGGACAUUUUGUUGAAACUGUGAUUGAUCGAAAUACUCAUGUUGGUUGCGCCAUGGUGCGGUACACCCAUGCUGAAUAUCCAUUCUUGUACAUAUACAAUACAGCUUGUAAUUAUGGUAGUGUCUAUGCUGUGGGUGCAGAAGUGUACCGUGUGGGUGAGCCUGCUUCUGAAUGUGAAACUGGCUCUAAUCCUUUUUAUCCUUCAUUGUGUUCAAUUGAAGAAAAAAUGAAUCCUAAUUAUAGUUAAUAAAUAAAUUAAUUAAUAAAAAUAAA